AUGUAUUCUUUCUUUUCUCCUUCAAAAUUCCUUCGUUUUUUUUCUACUUUCUUCAAAAUACACAUUCGUUCUUUCCACCUUCACAAUAUCUUCGUUCAUUUUCCUUCCUUCUUCAAAAUACGAAUUCUUUCUUUUCUCCUUCAAAAUUCCUUCGUUGUUUUUCUUCAUUCUUCAAAAUUACUUCAUUCAUUUUCUUCUUCUCCAAAAUAUGCAUUCUUUCUUUCCUCCUUCAAAAUAUGUUCGUUGUUUUUCUUCCUUCUCCAAAAUUCCUUCGUUCAUUUUCUUCUUCUCCAAAAUAUGCAUUCUUUCUUUCCUCCUUCAAAAUAUGUUCGUUGUUUUUCAUCCUUCUCCAAAAUUACUUCAUUCAUUUUCUUCUUCUCCAAAAUAUGCAUUCUUUCUUUCCUCCUUCAAAAUAUGUUCGUUGUUUUUUUUUUCUUCCUUCUCAAAAAUUCCUUCUGUUCAUUUUCGUUGUUUUUCUUUCCAAAAUAUGCAUUCUUUCUUUCCUCCUUCAAAAUAUGUUCGUUGUUUUUCUUCCUUCUCCAAAAUUACUUCAUUCAUUUUCUUCUUCUCCAAAAUAUGCAUUCUUUCUUUCCUCCUUCAAAAUAUGUUCGUUGUUUUUCAUCCUUCUCCAAAAUUACUUCAUUCAUUUUCUUCUUCUCCAAAAUAUGCAUUCUUUCUUUCCUCCUUCAAAAUAUGUUCGUUGUUUUUCUUCCUUCUCCAAAAUUACUUCAUUCAUUUUCUUCUUCUCCAAAAUAUGCAUUCUUUCUUUCCUCCUCCAAAAAUAUGUUCGUUGUUUUUUUCCUUCUCCAAAAUUCCUUCGUUCAUUUUCUUCUUCUCCAAAAUAUGCAUUCUUUCUUUCCUCCUUCAAAAAUAUGUUCGUUGUUUUUUCUUCCUUCUCCAAAAUUACUUCAUUCAUUUUCUUCUUCUCCAAAAUAUGCAUUCUUUCUUUCCUCCUUCAAAAUAUGUUCGUUGUUUUUUCUUCCUUCUCCAAAAUUACUUCAUUCAUUUUCUUCUUCUCCAAAAUAUGCAUUCUUUUUCUUUCCUCCUUCAAAAUAUGUUCGUUGUUUUUCUUCCUUCUCCAAAAUUCCUUCAUUCAUUUUCUUCUUCUCCAAAAUAUGCAUUCUUUCUUUCCUCCUUCAAAAUAUGUUCGUUGUUUUUCUUCCUUCUCCAAAAUUACUUCAUUCAUUUUCUUCUUCUCCAAAAUAUGCAUUCUUUCUUUCCUCCUUCAAAAUAUGUUCGUUGUUUUUCUUCCUUCUCCAAAAUUCCUUCAUUCAUUUUCUUCUUCUCCAAAAUAUGCAUUCUUUCUUUCCUCCUUCAAAAAAUAUGUUCGUUGUUUUUCUUCCUUCUCCAAAAUUCCUUCAUUCAUUUCUUCUUCUCCAAAAUAUGCAUUCUUUCUUUCCUCCUUCAAAAUAUGUUCGUUGUUUUCAUCCUUUCAAAAUUACUUCAUUCAUUUUCUUCUUCUCCAAAAAUUCUUUCUUUCCUCCUUCAAAAUAUGUUCGUUGUUUUUCUUCCUUUCCAUUUUCAUUUCUUCUUCUCCAAAAUAUGCAUUCUUUCUUUCCUCCUUCAAAAUAUGUUCGUUGUUUUCAUCCUUCUCCAAAAUUACUUCAUUCAUUUUCUUCUUCUCCAAAAUAUGCAUUCUUUCUUUCCUCCUUCAAAAUAUGUUCGUUGUUUUCUUCCUUCUCCAAAAUUCCUUCAUUCAUUUUCUUCUUCUCCAAAAUAUGCAUUCUUUCUUUUCCUCCUUCAAAAUAUGUUCGUUCUCCAAAAUUUUUUCCUUUUCCUUCUCCAAAAUUCCUUCGUUCGUUGUUUUUCUUCUUCUCCAAAAUAUCAUUCAUUCUUUCUUUCCUCCUUCAAAAUAUGUUCGUUGUUUUUUCUUCCUUCUCCAAAAUUACUUCAUUCAUUUUCUUCUUCUCCAAAAUAUGCAUUCUUUCUUCCUCCUCCUUCAAAAUAUGUUCGUUGCAUUUUUUCAUUUUCCUUCUUCAAAAAUAUGUUCGUUGUUUUUGUUUUCCUUCUCCAAAAUUCCUUCAUUCAUUUUCUUCUUCUCCAAAAUAUGCAUUCUUUCUUUCCUCCUUCAAAAAUAUGUUCGUUCUCCAAAAUUUUUUCUUCCUUCUCCAAAAUUACUUCAUUCAUUUUCGUUGUUUUCUUCUCCAAAAAAUAUUCAUUCUUUCUUUCCUCCUUCAAAAUAUGUUCGUUGUUUUUCUUCCUUCUCCAAAAUUCCUUCAUUUUUUUUCUUCUUCUCCAAAAUAUGCAUUCUUUCUUUCCUCCUUCAAAAUAUGUUCGUUGUUUUUUCAUCCUUCUCCAAAAUUCCUUCAUUCAUUUUCUUCUUCUCCAAAAUAUGCAUUCUUUCUUUCCUCCUUCAAAAAUAUGUUUUCGUUGUUUUUCUUCCUUCUCAAAAAUUCCUUCAUUCAUUUUCUUCUUCUCCAAAAUAUGCAUUCUUUCUUUCCUCCUUCAAAAUAUGUUCGUUGUUUUUCUUCCUUCUCCAAAAUUCCUUCGUUCAUUUUCUUCUUCUCCAAAAUAUGCAUUCUUUCUUUCCUCCUUCAAAAUAUGUUCGUUGUUUUUCAUCCUUCUCAAAAUCCCUUCAUUCAUUUUUUCUUCUCCAAAAUAUGCAUUCUUUCUUUCCUCCUUCAAAAUAUGUUCGUUGUUUUUUCUUCCUUCUCCAAAAUUCCUUCAUUCAUUUUUUCUUCUUCUCCAAAAUAUGCAUUUUUUUCUUUCCUCCUUCAAAAAUAUGUUCGUUGUUUUUCUUCCUUCUCCAAAAUUCCUUCGUUCAUUUUCUUCUUCUCCAAAAUAUGCAUUCUUUCUUUCCUCCUUCAAAAUAUGUUCGUUGUUUUUCUUCCUUCUCCAAAAUUACUUCAUUCAUUUUUUCUUCUCCAAAAUAUGCAUUCUUUCUUUCCUCCUUCAAAAUAUGUUCGUUGUUUUUCUUCCUUCUCCAAAAUUCCUUCAUUCAUUUUUCUUCUUCUCCAAAAUAUGCAUUCUUUCUUUCCUCCUUCAAAAAUAUGUUUCGUUGUUUUUCUUCCUUCUCCAAAAUUCCUUCAUUCAUUUUCUUCUUCUCCAAAAUAUGCAUUCUUUCUUUCCUCCUUCAAAAUAUGUUCGUUGUUUUCUUCCUUCUCCAAAAUUCCUUCGUUCAUUUUUCUUCUUCUCCAAAAUAUGCAUUCUUUCUUUCCUCCUUCAAAAAUAUGUUCGUUUUUUUCUUCCUUCUCCAAAAUUCCUUCAUUCAUUUUUUCUUCUUCUCCAAAAUAUGCAUUCUUUCUUUCCUCCUUCAAAAUAUGUUCGUUGUUUUUCUUCCUUCUCCAAAAUUCCUUCAUUCAUUUUCUUCUUCUCCAAAAUAUUCAUUCUUUCCUUUUUUUCCUCCUUCAAAAUAUCCAUUCUUUUUCUUCUUCUUGUUUUUUCUUCCUUCUCCAAAAUUCCUUCGUUCAUUUUCUUCUUCUCCAAAAUAUGCAUUCUUUCUUUUCCUUCUUAAAAAAUAUGUUCGUUGUUUUUCAUCCUUCUCCAAAAUUACUUCAUUCAUUUUCUUCUUCUCCAAAAUAUGCAUUCUUUCUUUCUUUCCUCCUUCAAAAAAUAUGUUCGUUGUUUUUUCUUCCUUCUCCAAAAUUCUUCUUCUUCAUUCAUUUUCUUCUUCUCCAAAAUAUGCAUUCUUUCUUUCCUCCUCAAAAAAUAUGUUCGUUGUUUUUCUUCCUUCUCCAAAAAUUCCUUCUUUCAUUUCUUCUUCUCCAAAAUAUGCAUUCUUUUCUUUCCUCCUUCAAAAUAUGUUCGUUGUUUUUCAUCCUUCUCCAAAAUUACUUCAUUCAUUUUCUUCUUCUCCAAAAUAUGCAUUCUUUCUUUCCUCCUUCAAAAUAUGUUCGUUGUUUUUCUUCCUUCUCCAAAAUUACUUCAUUCAUUUUUUCUUCUUCUCCAAAAUAUGCAUUCUUUCUUUCCUCCUUCAAAAUAUGUUCGUUGUUUUUCUUCCUUCUCCAAAAUUACUUCAUUCAUUUUCUUCUUCUCCAAAAUAUGCAUUCUUUUCUUUCCUCCUUCAAAAUAUGUUCGUUGUUUUUUUCUUCCUUCUCCAAAAUUCCUUCAUUUCAUUUCUUCUUCUCCAAAAUAUGCAUUCUUUCUUUCCUCCUUCAAAAUAUGUUCGUUGUUUUUCUUCCUUCUCCAAAAUUCCUUCGUUCAUUUUCUUCUUCUCCAAAAUAUGCAUUCUUUCUUCUUCAAAAUAUGCAUUGUUUUUCUUCCUUCUCCAAAAAAAUAUCUUUCCGUCUUCAAAUAUGUUCGUUUUUCUUCCUUCUCCAAAAUUCCUUCGUUCAUUUUUUCUUCUUCCAAAAUAUGCAUUCUUUUCAUUUUUUCCUCCUUUUCAAAAUAUGUUCGUUGUUUUUCUUCCUUCUCCAAAAUUACUUCAUUCAUUUUCUUCUUCUCCAAAAUAUGCAUUCUUUCUUUCCUCCUUCAAAAUAUGUUCGUUGUUUUUCUUCCUUCUCCAAAAUUACUUCAUUCAUUUUCUUCUUCUCAAAAUAUGCAUUCUUUCUUUCCUCCUUCAAAAUAUGUUCGUUGUUUUUUCUUCCUUCCCAAAAUUCUUCAUUCAUUUUCUUCUUCUCCAAAAUAUCAUUCUUUUCUCCUUCAAAAUAUGUUCGUUGUUUUCUUCCUUCUCCUUCGUUCAUUUCUUCUUCUCCAAAAUAUGCAUUCUUUCUUUCCUCCUUCAAAAAUAUGUUCGUUGUUUUCUUCCUUCUCAAAAUUACUUCAUUCAUUUUCUUCUUCUCCAAAAUAUGCAUUCUUUCUUUCCUCCUUCAAAAUAUGUUCGUUGUUUUUCUUCCUUCUCCAAAAUUACUUCAUUCAUUUUCUUCUUCUCCAAAAUAUGCAUUCUUUCUUUCCUCCUUCAAAAUAUGUUCGUUGUUUUUUCUUCCUUCUCCAAAAUUACUUCGUUCAUUUUCUUCUUCUCCAAAAUAUGCAUUCUUUCUUUCCUUCUUCAAAAUAUGUUCGUUGUUUUUCUUCCUUCUCCAAAAUUCCUUCAUUCAUUUUUUCUUCUCCAAAAUAUGCAUUCUUUCUUUCCUCCUUCAAAAUAUGUUCAUUUCUUUUUGUUUUUUCAUUCAUUUUCUUCUUCAAAAUUAUUCUUUCUUUUCAUUCAUUUUCUUUUUCUUCCUUCUCCAAAAUAUGCAUUCUUUUCUUUCCUCCUUCAAAAUAUGUUCGUUGUUUUUCUUCCUUUUUCUUCCUUCUUCAAAAUAA